GGCUCCUGAGAACUCGCAGCAGAUUCAUCUGUUGCAAAGCUGCAGGAGUGUGGCAGUUGGUGCGUCCUGUGAGCUGAGACAGAAGAAACUUUGUUUUAAGGUUACUCUUGGAAAUGCCUGUGCCAGCGGUAAGUUCACUGAAUCAGGGGAGUGUUGCAGUCUGUGCCCUCCUGGGUUUGAAGUGAAGGUAGAAUGUGGGAAAAAGGACACCACAUGUGCACCGUGCCCAGAGGGCAGAUUUUCCUCAUCUGAAGACCUUGGCUCUUGCCUUCCAUGUGCUAGGUGUCCACACAGUAUUCCCACUUUCUCUCCAUGCUCUGCCACUCAAAACACACAGUGUGAAUGUGACAAAGGCUACUUCUUUUUGAGCUCGCACAGCGUGUGCGCACCUUGCUCCACAUGCAGUCGUGGUGAGGGGGUUGUACGGCAGUGUGGCUCUAUGGGAGACACUGUGUGCGCCACCUGCGGCCCUGGAACCUUCUCGGAGCCGGUUCGUCCCACAGGUCCCUGUCAGCCUUGCGCUCGGUGCUCUGAAAAUGAGGUGGAGAUCCGGUCCUGCCUGCCCCAAUCUGACACACUCUGCAUGGAGAAGAAGCUGCACAUUCUCUCUCGCCCCAGUCAAACCGAUGCUCCUCGGUGGCCCGGCGUAACGGAGGACGGGAAGACCAGUCCUGCUCCUGGAACGACUGAUUUAACCACACAGGAAGAGAGCGGCAACAGCAACAUUCUUGUAUAUGUGUCUGUUCUGGCUGCUGUGGUGCUGGGUUUGCUUAUUUAUGUGGCUUAUAAAUGCUGGAGGUCAUGCAAACAGAAGAAGGCGCUCUCUAAGGCCCGUGCAGCAGAGUUGGGAACAUCUCCAGAAGGAGAGAAGCUUCAGAGCGACAGUGGUGUAUUUCUGGAUUCUUACAGCCUACAGGACAACCAGCCCAGCAAAGGUAACAUGAGAGACAAGCAGGACAACCGUCUUUACACGAACCUACCUCCACAAAGACAGGAAGAGGUGGAGCGCCUCCUGCAAGAAGGAAGCGGCCGAGGCUGGAGGCACCUUGGCGCGGCGCUGGGUUAUGAGCCUGAACAGCUGGAUCUGUUCGAGCGGGGAGAGGCCCCGGCCCACACACUCCUCUCUAACUGGGCCCAGAAAGAAGGCUCCACUCUGGGACUGCUGUGCUCUGCAGUGGCCCGCAUCGAGAGGCCCGACAUAGUAACAGCUCUUAACUGUCCCGUGCAGGGGGUGUCUGUGGUCUGACAACUUCUCGACCCUACGUGUGAAAUUCAGAGACUCGGGUGAAAAACUCUGACAUGAUGAGAGGUACUCUGAUAUCACCACCUCUGCCACUGAUGGGUUUUUUAAUCUCUUUUUUUUUUUUUUACCUUCUGAACCUUUACUCCAGUUUAUGUCACCACUUGAUUGUACAUUGCUCUAACUGCAUGACUGAUUCUCCUGUUAAUGUGUCCUAUCAACACAUAAGCGGGACGCUAACGG